AUGAAUAAAGCAAAUGAUUUAAAUAAUCUUGAUGGUGAUUAUAACGAAAAAAUUGAAGAAAUUUUAGUAAGCACAUUAGAAUUUUUUAAUAUUCAUGGUUGUCUUAAGGAAGAAGUAAUAAAUAAUAUAAAGAAUGAUGAAAACACAAUUAAAUUAUUAAAUGAUUUUCACUCAAAUUAUGAGGAAUGUUUAUUUGUUUUUCAUGAGAAGGAUUCAAUAAAGAUAUAUGAUUCCAUUUUAGAUCUCUUUAAAAAAAGAAAAAAUGAAAAGUUUUUGAUAAUUUAUAAAACACCUCAAAGCAAUAUUUUAUUUUUGGAAAUGAAUAAUGAUGCCGAAAAUGUUAUAAGAAGCUUUUUAGAAGUUUUUUUUUUUAAUUUUAUGAAUAAAAAUGAAGAUAUAAAUUCUUCUUCCCUUCUAAAAGAAAUGAAAAAAAAAUUUAAUAAUUUUUUACUUAAUUUAAGAAUUAUUUAUGGAGAAAAAGAAGAAAAAUUAAUAUUACCAUAUUUAACUUUUGACGUAAAAGAAGAAAAUGUAAACAAUAUAGAAGAAUAUUUAAUACAUUUUAUUAGAUGUUACCACAUAAUUCUACGAAAUUUCAUGAAUUAUAAAAAAAAAAAUUAUGCAAACUGUUUUGAAUUUCUAAAAUGCCUAAAAAAUAAAAAUGAAAACAUUAACUAUUUAUAUAAUGAGAUAGACAAAGAAAAUUUUAAAGAAAUAAUAAAUAUAAUUUUGGAAAAAAAAAAAAAUUCUAGUUACAAGAAUAUAAUUGAAAAUAUAAAAAAUGAAAUCAUUGAACAUAAAUCGGAAGUUUCUGAUCUAUAUACCCAUUUAAAACCAGUAGUACAUUUUUUACAAAAACUAGAAAAUCACAAGGAGGAUAUAGAAAAAAAGAAUAAAUAUGUUUUGCCUAUUAUUCAUGCUUUAUCCAUAUCUAUUGAAAAAUCAAAUUACUUAAUUAAAAACUGUAAAUUUGUUUUUAAUUUUUUAUCAAAAGUGUUAAUUAAUUCAUGUAAUCAGAAUAUUAGUACACAAGAAAUUAUAAAUUCUAUAUAUAAUUGUGUAGAUAUUUUAAAAAGUAAAUUAUAUUCAAUAUUAAAUUUCCUCUUAAACUUUUUAUAUUUGUUUAAAUUAUAUAAGGAAAAAAAUAAAAAAUUGCAAUCAUUAUAUGAAUCGAAUAUAAAUUUCAAUGAUGAAAAACAAAUAAUGGAAAUUAAUAAUAUAAAAAACGAAAUAGAAGAAGAAAACAUUUACUUCCCUUCUGUUAGUUUAUAUAUGUAUAAAUUAAAGUUACUAAUUGAAUAUUUAAAAAUAUAUCAGACUUACAUGAAAUUAGAAAAAAUUGAAAUUCCUGGGGAAAAAGGAAAAAAAUUAACUGAAGAAAUUCAUAAUAUAUCUCGUGAUUUUAAUAUAAUUAAUGAAGCCUUCUUAGACCUAAAUCACGAAAUAUUAAAUGAAGAAGAAAAUAUUUUUAUAAACAAAUAUAAUUCUUUUGAAUGUAAAGUGAAGGAGUUAAACAAAAGAUUAAUAUGUGUAUUUGUAUACUCUUUUGAUAAUGAUUUGAAAAAAAAUAUCAAAUUAUUGAACUCUUUUUUAAUUUUAAGAGAUAUACAUGCAAUUGAAGUAGAAUUAAUAAGACAUACAUCACUUUUAUGUCAAGAUUUAAAGAAAGAAUUCAUAUUAGUGGAUAACUUGUUUAUAAAAAAUAAAACAAUUAUUGAAAAUAAUAAAAAAAUGUUUCUUGAAAAUUCUUGUCAAACAAGAAAUCAUAGUUUUAAUAAUGAUGAUCAAAAAGAUUAUAUUAAAGAAAAUCAAGAAAAUUUUAAUAUAAAUGAAAAUGAUAAAACAAAUGUCUUGGUAGAAAAAAGGGUAAAUGAAAAUAAAGAAGAUUUUGAAGAUAACUUAAAAAAUUUAAGUAUAAAUAAAAAUUCCCCCCUGUUUUGUGAAGUUAUAAAUUUGUUCACAUCUUUAUUAAAAAGAAUUGAACAACAAUAUUUUCCCUUAAGAAAAAUAAUGAAAAUUUUAAAAUUUCAAAAUGAAAAGACAGACGAAAUAAAUAGUUUAUAUAAAAAUAUUUCUGAAAAAAUAAGUAGAUAUAUUUCUGAGGUAAGUAAAGAAUGGUUUACGGAAACCAUUGAUGUUGUAAAUAAUUUUUUAAAUGAAAGUAUUUUUAAAAUAAAAUCGGAUAAAUUUUAUGUAAAUUUUCAUCCAUACAUAUUUAUGUUCAUAAAUAAUAUAAAAAAUUUCUUUUUAAAUAAUUUGACUGUAAAUGAAGAUUGUUUAAAUAUUUAUAAUAAAGCAAAUACAUUUAAAAAAUUUAUUAAUAUACUAAAUAAUAUCACAAAAAAAUAUAAUAGUGUUAUUACUAAAACAUUAGAUGUAGAAAAAAAUUUAUUUGAAGAAAAAAUUGAUGCUAUAAAAAAUACCUUAUUAAAAGGUGUUAAAGAAUUAAAAUGGUCAGAAGAUAACAUUUAUGAGUAUAUUGAGAGUGUAGAUAAAGAUAUGUCAGAUAUAUAUAACAACAUUUCUAUUCUUCAUAAUAACAUAGUAUCUAUUUUAAAUUUGACAAACAGUUGGCUAAAAAAACCAAUUAUUGAAAAAAGAAAAAAGCAUGAAGAUAUAUAUAAUUAUUUAAAUAGUUACAAAAAUAAUUUAUCAUUAUUAAAAGGAAAAUUGAAUGAUGAUUUUAAAAGUAUUAAUAUAAAUAUUAAGCAGUCUUAUGAUAUAUUAAAAAUAAAAAAAAAUAAUGUCAUGUGGAAAAAUUACUUAAAAUUUUUAAAUAAUAUAAUAAUAGAUAAAUUAAUAGAACUUACAAACUUUUUAUUUAAUAACUUAUACGAAGUAAUGAAAUUUAAUAAAAAAGAUGAGCAAUUAUUUACCAUAAAAAUUAAUUUUAUAGAAAAUAAAUUAAAUUUAGAUUUAAAAUUAAGAAGUACAAAAUCUUUUUGUAUAACAUCCAUGUUCUAUAAAUGGAUAGAUGACUUUAUGAAUUUAUGUUCAGGUAUCAAAAGAAUAGAUAUUAAAAGCGGAGAUUAUAUAAAUGAGAUUCUAUUAAGUUUAAGUGUAAAUUCUAACAAGAACAAAAUAGAAACCUUUUUUGAAAAUACAAUUGAAAAAAGUUAUGAAUAUUUAGAAAGCUUAAAAAAAUAUGAAUAUAUAUGGAAAAUAGAUAUAAAAAAAGAAUUUUUAUUAUUUAAACAAAAAAAUGAAAUAUCAUUAUAUCCUAAUUACUUUGAAUAUAAUAACAAUUUUCAAGAUUCAUUGAAACUUAUUAACAUAAAUAUUCCUCACUUAUUUCCCAAUGUUCAUUCAUAUAAAAAAUUAAUAUUAUCAUUAAAAGAAGAAUUGAAUAAUUUUUAUCACUUAAAAACAUAUGAAGCAAUAAAUUUUAUUUCAUUUUAUUCUGAAAAUUUAGUAGAAAGAUUAAUUUCUUUUACUAAAAAAAAUAUAUCAUUAUACUGUGAAUAUUUGCAAAACUUCGUGAAAGAUGUUAUAUAUUCAAUCAAUUCAUUUUAUGAAAAUGUGAUUAGCAAUCUAAAUGAAGUAGAAAUAGUUGAAUUUUUCAGUAAAAAAGUGGACAAUAAAAAUAUCUCUAAUAAAGAUGAGAAACAUAAUAGAAAUAAUAUGGAGAAAGAUGAUAAUAUUAAUCCUAUUAAAGAGGAAAAAAAUAUAGAUAUGAAUAAAAAAAAGGAUAUAUUUUAUAAUCUUAUGAGAAAUUUAAGAAGUGUAAAGUUAAGUAGAAAAAUUGUUCCUUUAAUUUUUCAAAAAAUUAAGGAAAUAAUGGAAAAUUUAAAAGAUUUAGAUAUAGUCAUUAAAUAUAAUGAUGUCUUAGAUAAUAUAGAAAAAAAUAAAGAGAAAGUGGAAGUACAAUAUAAUGAAAUUAAAGAAAAAAUACUAAAAUAUAAAAAUAAUGAAAUUAAAAAUAUUAAAAUAGAAAUAAAAAAUUUUAAAGAAGAAUUAAGCAAUCUUAAGAAACAUAUAUUUAAAAAUAUACCAAGUACUCCAAAAGACAUUUAUAAUUCUCCCUACGAAAAAAUUAAUGAUUUUAGAAAAAGUUUUCAAAUUUAUAAAGAGAAGCAGAAGUAUCAUAAUGAAUUAGAAAUUUUAUUUGAAAUAGAUAUAACUGUAUUUGAUGAAUUAGAAGAAAUUGACUUAAAACUAAGAGAUUUAAAAUAUUUAUGGGAUCUGACGAAUAGUGUGAUAUUUUUUAUAGAAAAAGAAAAACAAAAGUUAUGGAAAGAUAUAGAUGUCAAUAGUAAUAUUUAUAUAAUUGAUUUUAUAUUACUAUAUAUAAGAAAAAAAUUUUUUGAUUUAAAACAUUUACCUAUAUAUGAGUAUAUAAUUAAAGAAUUAAAAAAGUUAUCUUCUAUAUUACCGCUUUUAGUGGAUUUAAAUAACGAUUGUAUAUUUGAUAGGCAUUGGAAUAUAAUAAUAAAUAUAUCUGGAAGUGUUAAUAAUUUAUAUUCAAAAAAAAAAGAAAACAAUAGCAUUUCUUUGAGCAUGGAAACACAUAACACUGACAAGAAUGAGAUAGAAAUUAACGGAGAAGAUAAUAAUGGUAACACAAACGAUAAUGAAAAAAGUAUAAAUAAUGAUAUUCUUAUAAACAAGAAUUUCAAAAUAAAAUACAAAGAGUUAACAUUGCAAGAAUUUUUUGAUUUAAAAUUAUAUAAGCAUGUUGACGCUGUUCACGAUGUCAUAGAACAAGCUAAGAAAGAAAGAAAAAUAGAAAAUAAAAUAAAGGAAAUAAAUAUAAUAUGGAAACAAAUGAACUUUGAAUUUUUAAAAAAAAACAAUUACAUUCAAAUAACCAAUAUGGAUAUGAUAUUAGAGAUUGUUGACGUUCACACUUCUGAAAUAUUAUUUUUUAUUAAUCAGAAAAAAUAUAUAUUAUUUAUUCAAGAAACCAUAUUAAAUACACAAGAAAAUUUGAAAAAAAUUGAUGAAGUAAUUAAUAUAUGGAGAAAAUUUUUGAAUAAAUUUGAAAGAUUGCAACCUAUUUACUUGAACUCAGAAGAUAUUCAUUCACAGUUACCUCAAGAAAGUAAAAUGUUUUUUAACAUUGAAAAUGAAUAUAAAGAAAUAAUUCAAAGUGCAUCUGAACAAAAAAAUGUUCUACAAGUAUGCUUAAAUGAGGAUUUGUUUUAUCUAUUAAGUAAAUUUUUUAAAAACAUAGAAUUGUGUGAAAAGGCUUUAAAUGAUUAUUUAGAUCAAAAAAAAAAAGCUUUCCCACGCUUUUAUUUUUUAUCCAAUAUUGCUUUGCUAGAUAUUUUAAGUAACGGAAAAAAUCCUUUAAAAAUAUUACCAUAUAUAAAUGAUGUAUUUAAUGCUAUUAAAACUAUUGAGUUCAACAAAGAUAAUAUAAAUGAAGGUACUAAUAAAGAAGAUAAUAAUGGAGAAAUGUUUGAGAAUGAGUUACUAAAAAAUAAUGAUAAAAUUGAGAAAAUUGAGGAUGAAAAUGAACAAAAGGAAAAUUCCAUGAAACAAGAUUAUGAAGACAACAAUGAGAUAAAAAAUAAAUUAAAUAAAAAAAAAAAUGAUAAUAAUAAUAAUAACGAAUGUAAAGAAUAUGUAGCUAAAGGUGUUUAUAGUAUUGAAAACGAGCAUUUAGAAUUUUUGAAUGAAUUAACAUUAAAGGGUAAUGUAGAAAAUUAUUUAAAAGACUUAGAAAAUCAUUUAAAAAUAACCAUUAGAAGUAUAUUAGAAAAUGCAAAAAUAAAUUCAGAAAAUUUAGAUGAACAUAAUCGAGAUGAAACAAUGAUAUCAAAAUAUAUCAGUCAAGUGGUAUGUACUUGUAAUCAAAUAGUCGUAACAGAAGAAAUCAAUAAAUGUUUUGAUGAAUUAGAAAAUGGGAAUGAAUCUGCUUUUGUAGAUUAUAAAAAAAUUUUAAUUGAAAGGAUAAAUAAAUUAAUAAAAUUAGUAGAAAAAACAGAAGAUUAUAAUAUAAGAACGAAAUUAUUAUCUUUAAUUAUACUAGAUGUACAUACAAGAGAUGUAAUAAUAUCUUUUAUAAAAAAAAAAAUAUCAGAUAGUACCUCCUUUGACUGGCAAGCACAGUUAAAAUAUUACUGGGUAUAUGAUAAAAAAAUUAAUAAUUAUACUUGUGAAAUAAAAAUAUGUGACUUUAAAACAAAAUAUUUAUAUGAAUAUAUUGGAAAUUCAGGUAAAUUAGUUAUAACCCCUUUAACAGAUAAAUGCUAUAUUACUUUAACGCAAGCAUUAAAUUUAAUUCUUGGUGGUGCACCUGCAGGGCCGGCUGGAACAGGAAAAACAGAAACAACAAAAGAUUUAUCCAAAGCAAUAGGUAUAGCUAUUUUUAUUUUUAACUGCAGUAAUCAAAUGAAUUAUUUUAAUAUGUCACAAAUCUGCAUAGGGUUAUCUCAAACGGGUGCUUGGGGAUGCUUUGAUGAAUUCAAUCGAAUAAGUAUAGAAGUAUUAUCAGUUGUUAGUACACAAAUUAAAUGUAUUUUUGAUGCUAUUAAGGAAAAAAAAACAAUGUUUCAUUUUAUUGAUGAUGAAAUAGUAUUAAAAAAAACAUGUGGUUUUUUUAUUACUAUGAAUCCUGGAUAUGCAGGAAGAACAGAACUACCUGAAAAUUUAAAAAAUUUAUUUAGAUCUUGUUCUAUGAUUGUCCCCGAUAUAAAAUUUAUAUGUGAAAAUAUGUUAAUGUCAUUUGGAUUUAUAAAAGCAAAUAAAUUAUCCUAUAAGUUUGUAGAAUUGUAUCAAUUAUGUAAGGAAUUAUUACAGAAGAAUAUCCAUUACGAUUGGGGUUUAAGAGCUGUUAAAGUUGUUUUAAUACAAGCAGGAAACUUAAAAAGAAAAUUCAGUAAUUUUGAUGAAGAAGUUAUUUUAAUGAAAGCUUUAAAAGACUUUAAUAUACCUAAAAUUACCCAUGAAGAUAUUCCUAUAUUUUUAGGUUUAAUUAAUGACCUAUUUCCUAAUGUUAACUGCAACAUUUUUGAGGAAGAAAAAUGCCAACAAAAUUCGGAAAAAUAUAAAAGUAAUCCUACACAAAGCUUCAAUAAUCAAAAUUUUAAGAAAAACGAAUUAUCUAAUGAACACUUUUCCGAAAAUAAUAAUGAUGUAAAAGAUUCACAAAAUUAUAAUUUGGAACAUUCCCAAUAUAAUGAUACAAAAAGGGAUGAUAAAAAAGAUUAUAACUUAGGAGAUUCCAAAAAUGAAAACUUUGAUGAUUCUAAAAAAUACAGUGAAUUAAAAGAUGAACAAAGUCAAGGAAAUAUUAUUUACAGUUUUGAUGAUGCUAUCAAAAUAUGUUUAAAAGAAUCAAAUUUGCAAAUUGAUGAUAAUUUUAUCCUUAAAGUGAAGCAACUAAAAGAUUUAAUGGAUGUAAGACACUGUGUUUUUAUAUUAGGAGAAGAUGGAUGUGGGAAGUCCAGUGUUAUAGACAUUUUGAUUAGAAGUUUAAAUAAAAUAGAAGAAAGUUGUUUAUAUGAAAUUAUUAAUCCUAAAUCCAUUGAAUCCUAUGAACUUUAUGGAUAUUUAACAAAAAAUAAUGAAUGGAUUGAUGGUUCUUUAUCAUCUAUUAUGAGAAAAAUGUCAAGAAAUAUUACCCCUUAUAAUGAAAAUAUAAAACAUAAAAUAAUUUUACUAGAUGGAAAUAUUGAUGCGGAGUGGAUAGAAAGUAUGAAUACUGUAAUGGAUGACAACAAAGUACUAACUUUAGUGAGUAAUGAGAGAAUACCAUUUACUAAAGAAAUGCAUUUGUUUUUUGAAAUAACCAAUAUGAAAUACGCAUCUCCUGCAACAGUUAGUAGAGGAGGUGUCCUUUUUAUAAAUAAAGGAGAUAUCAGUUAUAAAUUAUUUAUCAGUUCAUGGAUUAACUUACUGAAUAAUAAUAUUGCAAAGACGGAAUUUUAUUAUUUAUUUAAUAUAUUUUAUGCACAAAAUAUUGAAAUGCUAAGAAAACAAUGCAAAUUUGCUUUUGAACUUUCUAAUUUAGAUAUAGUAAAAUCCAUAUGCAAUUACAUUGAUUACUUUUUAUUCAAAUAUGAAAAAUAUAUUAACGAAGUAAUCAGAAAAAUUGAAAGCAAACAAAAUGAAGAAAAUAAUUUCCUGAACAAUGAAGAUGCUAAUGAAGUAUUAUGUAAUGCUAGUAAUUCUAAAACUAAAAGAGGAGAUAAAAACAUAGAGGAAGAAGAAAAAGAAGAAAAAAGAGAUUUCGAAAAAACAGAUUCUUUGAAUGAAAAAAACAGAAGCGAUAAAAUUUUUUGCAAAGAGGAAUUAAAACUAAAUAACAAUAAUUCUAAAAAUAUUGAUGAUAGUAAAAUAAAAGAUACUGCAUUGAAUAAUGAAGAGAAAAAUAUAGUAAAUAAAAUUAAUUACAAUUACGAAAUAUUAAAAGAUUAUUAUAACUGUUUUUUUAUGAAUUCUUACAUGUGGGUUCUUAACAAUUUAAUAGUUGAUGAUAAAAUUAUGAAUUCUAAAAAUAUCUUUAGUAAUAACAUAAAAAGCAAUUUAAAGGUUAAAAUGGGUAAUGAUUAUUGUUGUAAUUAUAUUUAUAACAUUUAUGAAAAUAGCUGGAAGCACCUAAGUGAAUAUUUAGAUGAAGAUAUUUUAUUUUUGCAGAAAAUAAAAUGGAAUUUUAAUGAAUCUGAAAGUGAGGAAAAAUGUUAUGAAAAUCAAAUAGUCAUAGAAGAAGAGGAAAAAGAAGGAGAAGAAAAUAGAGAAGAUGUAGAAGGUGAAAAAGAAGAAGAAGAAGAAGAAGAAGAAGAUGAAGAUGAAGAUGAAGAUGAAUAUGAAGAUGGAGUUAAAGAAGAAAAAAAAAGAGAAAAAAAAAGAGGGCAUAAAAAGAGUAAAAAAAAAAGAAAAAAAAAGAAAAGUAUAAAUAAUUAUAUUGAAAAUAUGUUACCGCAUAAUUAUGAUGAUAUAUAUAUUAAUACCAUAGAAUUAAUAAGAAUUGAAAAAAUGAUAAAAUAUUGUUUGGAUAGAAAUAAGGCAAUUUUAGUUUAUGGAAAUAACGGUACUGGAAAAACAAAAUGCAUAAAAAAUAAUUUAAAUAUGAAUAUUGAAAAAUUUACCCACACUAUCAUAAGUAUUAACUAUUACACUAAUUCAUUUGUUUUACAAAAAAUAAUUGAAAAUAAUGUAGAAAAAAGAAACACAAGAAUUUAUGGGCCACCAAAUCAAAAAAAACAUAUAUUCUUUUUAGAAGAUUUAAAUAUAACUGCUAAAGAUAAUUGUGAUACACAACAAACGUUGGAAUUUUUAAGGCAGUUAUUAACUUACAAAUUAAUUUAUGAUAGGGAUAAUUUAGACGAAAAAAAAUUUAUUCAUGAUAUAUCAUUUAUAGGAACCAUUAAUAACAAUACAAAUAAAUUCAUUGAUAAAAGAAUUCAAAAUAAAUUUAAUAUAAUAAAUAUUGAUGAUAUAAGCAUUAAAACUUUUGAAAAUAUAUAUAAAAUUAUUCUAAAACAGCAUUUACUUAAAUUUGAUGAUUCAAUUAAAGGACUCCUUAAUAACAUUAUUUCUUUUUCUUAUGAUUUAUAUAAUAGUAUUACUGAAAAUAUUUCUUUCAAUUUAUCCAACUUUGCACCUCACUAUUUAUUUAACUUAAAUGAUAUCCAUACCAUAUUUUAUAAUGUAAUUAAAUGUACUAAUCCAGAUAUAUAUAAUAAUGCUUUUAAAUUUUUGAUGAUUAUUUUUCAUGAAACGCAACACGCAUAUAUAAAUAAGUUAAUAUCUAAUGAUCAUAUAAAUAUUUUUACACAAAUAUUUAAUAAACAAGUUCUUCAAUAUUUUCCAUUUUUUAAAGAUGAUUUUGAAAAACAUAAAGAAACUUUUGAUGCUAUUAAUGAAAAAGACAAUAUCAAUUCUACUCAUAAAAUAUAUUCCCCAAGUUAUAAUGAUAAUAUCAAUGAAGAAAAUAAAAAUAACAAAGAUGUUAAUGGAAAUGAUAAUUUUGAUAAUAUUGAUAAUUUAAAUAAUAAAAUAGAUGGCAAUAUAAAUAAUAGUAUAAAUGAUAACGUUAAUAAUAGUAACAAUAACAGUAAUGAUAAUACAAAAGAAAAGGAAAAACAAUUAAUAUAUGAUUUAAAUAAAAAUAUCUUUACAUCUUUUAUAUCUAUUAGAAAUGGACUAGAUAAAAUGUAUUUAAAUGUUAAGAAAUUUUAUCAAUUAAAAGAAGUUUUAACCGAAAAAUUAAAUGAGUAUAAUACAACUCAUGUAGAACUGCCAUUAGUCUUAUUUGAUUAUGCUAUAAUUCAGAUUUGCAAAAUUUGUAGAAUUUUAGAUUUCAACAUUUCUCAUUUAAUGCUUAUUGGUUUUGGGGGUUCUGGAAAACAAUCCUUAUUAAAAUUAAGUAUUUUUAUUAACUCUUUAAAUUUACUAAAUAUAUCAACUAAUAAUAAAUAUGAUGUAAAUAAUUUUAAAUCUGAUUUACAAGAAUUUCACUUAAAAUGCGCAAUAAAACCAGGAAAUGUUCAUGUUCUUUUACUUAAAGAAAAAGAUAUUUUAGAUUCCUUUCUACCAUAUAUUAAUGAUUUAACAUCAACAGGUUUAUGUAAUAAUUUAUUUACAAAAGAUGAAUAUUUAGGCAUUUUUUCUUCUAUUCGUAAUCAAAUAAAAUAUUUAAAUAUAGGGGAAAGUAAUGAAGAUGUAUUUAAUUAUUACAUAAACAAAAUAAGAAAAAAUUUUAAAAUAGCUAUUACUCAUUCACCAAUUAGUAAUUUAUACAGAGAUAGAUUAAUUAAAUUUCCUUCUUUUUUGUCAAAUUUUUCUUUUAUUUAUUUUUUGCCAUGGCCAUAUGAAGCUUUAGUUAACGUUGCAAAUAAAUUUUUAAAUGAUGUAGAAAUUAAUGAUGAAUUAAAAAAAAAAAUUUGUGAACAUAUGGCAUUUGUUCAUACUAGUACAAACGAAAUGAACAAAAAAUAUCUUAAACAGAAGAACAGAUAUAAUUAUGUAAUUCCAAAAACAUUUUUGGAAUAUAUUUAUUUUUAUAAAAAUUUGUUAAGCGUUAAAAAUUUUGAAAUAGAAAAAUCAGUAGAAAGAUUAAAUAAAGGUUUAUUGGCUUUAACUAGUACUAGGGAAAAUGUAGAAGUAUUAAAAAAAGAAAUAGAAAUAAAAAUAACAAACAUAGAAGAAAAAAAAAUCGAAGUAAAUGAUAUAUUAAAUAAAGUAAAGGAAGCAACGGAAGUUACUAAUAAAGAACAACAAAUUGUAAAUGAAGAAAAAAAAAAAACAGAAAUAUUUACAAAAGAAGCAAUUGAAAUUCAAUUAAAGGCAGAUAAAGAAUUAAGUGAAGCUUUACCUAUUAUGAAUAAGGCAAAAGAUGCAGUUAAUUGUAUAACAAAAUCAGCUAUUCAAGAAUUAAAAUCUUUACAAAAUCCCCCCAAAGAAUGUUUAGAUGUUACUCAUGCUGUAUUAAUUGCGCUAAAAGAAAUAAAAAACUAUUCAUGGAAAUUUGCUCAGAAAAUCAUGAACAAUCCUACCCAGUUUUUAAGUAAAUUACAAAAAUUUGAUGCAGAAAACAUGGAUGAAGAAACAGUCAAUUUAUUAACUCCUUUUAUUCAAAAGAAAUUUUUUAAUUAUGAAAUGAUGAAGACAAAAUCUUCUGCAUGUGCCUACUUAGCAUUAUGGCUUGUUAACAUAGUAAAAUAUAAUGAAGUAUAUAAAAAAGUGAAACCAUUAAUGGAUAAAUUACAAGAAGCGACAAAUAAUAAAAAUAAAGCACAAGAAAAAUUAGAUCAACUAGAAAAUAAAGUAAAAGAGUUAACAGAUAGUGUAGAGAAAUUAAGAAGAAAAAUGAAUGAAGUAAAUGAAGAAAAAAAUAAUGUAAUUAAAAUAUAUAAUGAAUCAAAAGACAAAUUAAAUAGAGCUGAAAAUUUAGUAAAUAUGUUAUCUGAUGAAUAUUCUAGAUGGUCUGAUGAAAUAUCUAUUAUCAAUUCCAAUAAAAAAUUUAUAUAUGGAGAUUGCUUAUUAUUAUCCUCUUUCAUUACAUAUCUAGGGGUAUUUUCUAGUUCUUUUAGAAUAAAUUUGUGGAAAAAAUUAUGGCUAGAACAUAUAAAAAAUAGCAAUAUUCUAAUUAACAAUAUUACUUCUCCAAUCGAUAUAAUGGUUCAAGAUAUACAAAUUGCAACAUGGAAAAAUGAAAAAUUACCAGAAGAUAAAAUAAGCAUUGAAAAUGCAUUAAUUGUAAGUACAUGUUAUAGAUGGCCAUUGUUAAUUGAUCCUCAACUGCAAGGAUUAAAGUGGUUAAAAGUAAAGGGGGGUAAUAAUAUUACAUGUUUACAAUUCAAUUGCGAAAAUUUUAUUAAAAAAGUUAAGAAUGUUAUCUUAAAAGGAGGAUAUUUAAUAAUUGAAAAUAUUAACGAAGAAAUUGAUAAUGUUAUUGAUAGUUUAUUAAACAGAGAAUUUAUUAAAAAAGGGAAUGAUACAUUCAUCAAAAUUGAUAAUGAAGAAAUGCCAUUUAAUUUUCCCAAUGCAAUAAGCAGAAUUUCUAAAAUUAAAUCAUUUUUCGAAAAUAAUACUAAUAAUAAUGUUAGCAAUAAAAAUAAUGCUUCUGAAAACCAUAAUAAUUUUUGCAAUGAAUUAGAUAUGAAUAAAAAUUACUUAAAGCAUAAUUUCCAAAAUAUUAAUAAAGCAUUUUCAAAUGAAAAUGUAGUUAAAGUUAAUUUUUUUAAUCUAAUUUUACAAACUAAACUAAGUAAUCCUCAUUUCAAGCCUGAAGUCAAUAGCCAAUGUACUCUCAUAAAUUUCAGUGUUACAUGUGAAGGUUUAGAAGAACAAAUACUAGCCAUUAUUGUAAAUAUAGAAAAGCCAGAAUUAGAAAAACAGAAACAAAUUUUAGUUAAAAAUAGAAAUGAGUAUAAAAUAAUACUAAAUAAUCUAGAGGAUGAAAUAUUAUAUCAGCUAUCUACUGUUGAUUCAACGACUAUAAUUGAUAAUAUUUCCUUAAUCAAUAGCUUAAAAACUACAAAAGAUACAUCUAUUAACAUACAAAGACAAGUAGAAGAUUCAAUUAAAACAGAAAGUGAGAUAAAUAAAACAAGAGAAUUAUAUAGAACUCUUGCUAAUGAAGCUUCUAUUGUUUAUUUCAUUCUUAUUCUUAUGCAUAACAUUAAUUACAUGUAUCAGUAUUCAUUAGAUUCCUUCAUUAAUUUAUUGCUAAAAUCAAUUGAAGCUGUUCAUAAUUCUAAUAAUGAAAAAAAUAAUAUCAAUGAUUCUAAUAAUAAAACGGAUGCUUUUAAUAAUAAUGAUUUGGCUUUGGAAAGGCAGGACAAUUAUUACGAUUCAAAAAUAUUUUUUAACAAUAGUGUUGAAGAUAAUAAAGAUAAUAAUGAAGAGAAUAACAUUUAUGAUGAACAUAUGAAUAAAUUAAUAAUUUCUUUUAGAAAAACUAUAUAUUCAUGGAUUAACAGAGGACUACUAGAAAAAGAUAAAUUAUUAUUUAACUGUAUAUUUGUUUUUAAAUUAUUAGAAAAAAAAAAAAUAUUUGAUAAAGAUUUUAAUAUGGAUUAUCUCAACUUCUUUUUAAAACCUCCAAGAAGUGAAAAUGUGAGUGAAAACCCUCUAAAAGAAUGGCUAAGUGAUGAUUGUUGGGAAAAUAUUUUAUUAUUAUCAAAGUUUAAAGAAUUUGAAAAUUUAUCAACUAAUAUUCAUAUAGAUGCUCAGCAUAAAUUUAAACAAUGGUGUUCUGAAAUUCAACCUGAAAUAUGUAAAUUACCAUUAGAAUGGAAAAAAUUAAAUAAUUAUUCUUUUAAAAAAUUAUUAAUCAUUAGAUGUUUACGACCAGACAGAAUUACAGUCACUUUAGAAAAUUACAUUAAAAAUAUAUUACCAAACAGUGAGGAAAUUAUGGAGAGAAAUAAUUCUUUCGUUGAUACUUUAGAAUCUUCUUACAAUUUUAUGGUGAAUUCUACACCUAUAUUGUUUAUUUUAACUCCUGGUUCUGAUUUUAUAAAAUAUGUAGAACUAUUAGGAAAAAAAUAUAAGUUUUAUUUAAAUAAUAAUUUGCAUGUUGUAUCAUUGGGACAAGGACAAGAAUCAAUAGCUUUGUCAAAACUAGAAUUAUCUCAUAAAGAAGGCCAUUGGAUAGUUUUAGAAAAUAUACACUUAAUGGCUAAAUUCAAUUUAAUUUUAGAAAAUGUAAUAGAUAAAUAUUCUACAGAAGGAUCUCACCCCAAUUUUAGAUGCUUUUUAACUUCAGAAAUAACAACUAACAUUCCUAUUAGUAUAUUAGAAAGGUCUAUAAAAUUAACAAAUGAAGCACCAACUGGUUUUAAAGAAAACUUAAAAAGAGCUUUUACUUUUUUUUCUUCUGAUGAUUAUGAAGAAAAAGAUUUAAGAACAAAAAAUAUUUUAUUUUCGUUAUGUUAUUUUCAUUCCAUAAUAGUUGAAAGAGCAAAAUUUGGUGCAGAAGGAUUUAACAUAAAAUAUCCAUUUAGCUUAAGCGAUUUAAGAGAUAGUGCAAAAGUUUUAUUUAAUUACUUAGACAACCAAAAUUCUAUAAAAGUUCCAUGGAAUGAUUUAAAAUAUAUUUUCGGAGAAAUUAUGUAUGGUGGUCAUAUAGUUAAUGAUAAAGAUAUGUUAGUAUGUAAAACUUACUUAAAUUACUUUAUGAGAGAACAAUCAUUAGAAGGAAUGCAGUUAAUUCCAUUUUCCAAAAAUAUACAAUUAUUUAGCCCCAAUAAUUAUUCGUAUGACAAAAUUUUGAAAUAUAUAGAUACUCAAAUUGUAUAUGAAUCAUCUAUUUUAUAUGGCUUAAAUCAGCAUGCAGAAAUGAAUUUUAGAACAAAUGAAAGCAUAAAAUUAUUAAAAAAUAUAUUAAAAUUAAAACUUAAGGAAACAUCCACUUUUGUUGAAGAACUAACAACAGGAGAAACGAUGGAGAACAAAACAUCUAAUAUUUUAUCUGAAAUAUUAAGUGAAAUAGAUAGUGUUUUUUUUAAUGUAGAAGAAUUAAUGAAAUCAAUACCAGAUGAUCAACUUACUCCUUUGCAAUAUUUUUUAUUUCAAGAAUGCACCUUAAUGAACUCUUUAACUAGUGUUAUGAAAAAUUCAUUAAAAGAAUUAAGUUUAGCAAUUAAAGGGGAAAUUAAUAUGACUAGUAAAAUAGAAUCUCUUAUGAACUCCUUGUAUAAAGAUAAAUUACCAGAAUUGUGGAAAAAUAAUUCUUAUUCUAGCAAUAGAAAUUUAUCAUCAUGGGUAAAUAAUUUGAAGGAAAGAAUAAGCUUUUUGACCGAUUGGUUUAAUGAUCCCUUAUUAACACCCAAAGUUUUUAACAUUUCCUUAUUAUUUAAUCCAAAUAGCUUUUUCAGUGCAAUUAAACAAAUAUUAUCUAGAAAUGAAAAGUGUGAAUUAGAUAAAAUUAUAAUGCAAAUUGAAGUAACUAAUAAAACGUUGAAUAAUAUUCAUUCUUAUCCUAAAGAAGGAGCUUAUAUAUAUGGUUUGUAUUUAGACGGUGCUAAUUAUGAUGUAGAAAAAAAUACUUUAUGUGAUUCCUCUUCAAAACAGAAAUACUUUUUAAUGCCAGUUAUACAUUGUAAGCCAAUAAUUAGUAUGGGUAAAAUAGAUACAGAUGUGUACGAAUGCCCUGUAUAUAAAACAUUAUCGAGAGGAAAUACUUACGUAACAAAUAUAAAAUUAAAAACAAAAGAAAGUCCGGAUAAAUGGAUUUUAGCAGGUGUUGCAUUAAUUCUCGAUAUUGCUGAUGAUUAA